CCAUGUCGCUGCUUGCUCCUAUCAUCAGCGACAAUGGUACAGGUUUUUCAAAAAUUGGCUUCGCGGGAAACUCUGAUCCAUCCUUUGUGUUUCCAACUGCAAUAGCUACGCGUGGAGGCGCUACGGCACAGUCUACCCGCGCUGGUCCGCCCAUUCCUUCAAAACCUGGCAAUCUUGCAUCCAAGCGAGGAGUGGAAGAUCUUGAUUUCUUUAUAGGCGACGAGGCGAUUGCUAACCAGAAAACUCCUGGAUAUGGCGUACAUUACCCAAUCCGACACGGUAUGAUAGACAAUUGGGAUCACAUGGAACGUUACUGGGAGCAAACAAUCUUCAAAUACUUACGUGCCGAACCGGAGGAUCAUUAUUUCCUUCUCACUGAACCUCCGCUUAAUCCACCCGAAAAUCGCGAGCAGACAGCAGAAAUCUUCUUCGAAUCAUUUAAUAUCAAGGGCCUGUAUAUCGCUGUGCAAGCUGUGCUUGCUUUGGCAGCAUCUUGGUCGUCGAACAAAGUCACUGACCGCACCCUGACCGGAACUGUUAUCGAUUCUGGUGAUGGUGUUACGCACGUUAUACCCUGCGCGGAAGGUUAUGUCAUUGGAAGUGCCAUCAAACACAUUCCAAUUGCCGGCCGUGAUAUCACGCAGUUCGUGCUUAACCUUAUGCGAGAGCGCGGCGAGAUGGCUACGGUCCCACCUGAAGACCAGUUGCGUGUUGCGAGCAAGGUGAAGGAAAACUAUAGCUACGUGUGCCAGGAUAUAGUGAAAGAGUUCAGAAAAUAUGACACCGAUCCGUAUAAUAUGUUCCAACGAUACACAGGCGAGCACAGCGUGACCGGCAAGACUUAUGGCGUUGAUGUCGGAUAUGAACGGUUCCUUGCUCCGGAGAUCUUUUUCAACCCUGAGAUCUACUCGUCUGAUUUCCUAACACCUCUGCCCGAAAUCGUUGAUACCACAAUCCAAGCUUCACCAAUCGAUGUUCGACGUGGGUUGUACAAGAAUAUCGUCCUUUCUGGCGGUUCGACAAUGUUCACUCAUUUCGGCCAACGGCUGAAGCGCGAUCUGAAGCAACUGGUAGAUCGCCGUAUUGAAGCAAGCGAACUUGCAAGUGGAACAAGGGCGAAGUCUACUGGUGUAGAGGUUGACGUAAUUUCGCAUAAGAGGCAAAGGUAUGCGGUAUGGUUCGGUGGCUCACUUCUGGCCUCCUUGCCGGAGUUUUACUCCUACUGUCACACGAAAGCACAAUAUGAAGAAGUCGGUCCGAGUAUCUGCAGGCGGUACCAAAUUUUCGGCAGCGUUAACUAA